UCGUGCGUUUACCUCCUUCCUCCUGAGCUCUCCCCUUCCUUCCUCCUCUUCCUCCCGAGCUCUCCCCGGCGGCCGCGAAUCGAAGCUCCGCGACUCCAACUCAGAUCAAAUCAAUCGAGUGCUUACAGGAGAAGAGGCGCGCCGCACAUGGGGAGCCUCAACCCCGCCGCCGCCGCUGCCGCCGCCUCCUCCAGUGGCGACUGGCGUCGCCAGUGUAACCCAAAUGCGCGCCCCCGGAUGCGCGAUACUAUGUUGCAAACUCUGAGGAGGUAUCUGCCGGUGGAAGAGGUUAGCCGUCAAAACAUUGCUACCCAAAUUGAGAAGCGGUUCUAUAACACAUCCGCGAACCAGUCUGAUUAUUUCAAGAACAUUGCUGCGGUUACCAACCAUGUGGAGAAACAGUACCAAAAAUGCAGCCAUCCAGAUCCAGCACCUUCCCUCCCUCAACAAGGCAAUAACCCGGCAUAUUCAUCAGCAAGUAUCUUGAUGUCUCAGCAGCAGUCCCAACAACCUGAUCAUUCAACACUUGUACAAACUUCUUCUCUGUCUAGUGAUGAUCAGAGCUCGACAGAUGACAGCCAGACAUCUGCGCUGCAUAAUACGUCUGGGCAAUCUACAACUGGACAGAUGCACCGGAUGGCCAUUCAAUCAACUACUCAGAGUGGCAUUCGACAUAUUCUAUUGAAUACUGUACAACAACCUGUGAAUCAUCAGCAGCAACAUCCAGAGCCCUCUAUGAAUCAGCAGUUUUCUGUACAACAAAUCGAGCAAACUCAACAGUUUUUGCCACAACCGGCAACAGGAGAGCUGUCAAAUUUACACCCAAAUCAGACAAAUAAUCUUUUGAAUCAGCAUGAAACGCAGGACUGUAUGCAGCCACAGCACCAAGAAUAUGCAGCCUUUCACAGUGAAGAUAAUAUCUGGGAGUGCUCAACCAUCGCCUUCACACAUUGAAUUCAGUGGGAACAAGGACUUCAACUUUUUGUUGACCUUUCCACUUCUGAAUCCAUGUUCCCAGCCCUUCAUGGUACCUGAGGAUCAAGAGAUUCCAGAAUGUGAGAUGAAUAUUAAUAACUCGGGUGAUAUCCAGCCUCCUCAACCAUUCCUUGCAAACUUCGAAUUUAGCAAGGAGGACGACACAUUGCAAUAUCUCCAGGAUCAAGAGAUGAAUAUUAGUGAUGAGAAGGAUGGAUUGGCUGCCAUGGAGGUCCCAAUCCAUAGGGGCCUUCAACUAUACCAUCCUGGCAGGGUAAUUUGGUGAAUCUGCAGCAGUUCCAAGGGUCCAACCACUUCUGCACCACCAGCAAAGCAAGAAUGUUUAUUCCAUCAGCCUUUCCCAGAGCUCCGCAUAUGCUAUAUCUGAAGUGGCCAAACCGAUGAAAGGACUGCAAACUGCUGAAAGGACUGUCGGUUAGUCCCAGAUUCAAAGUCCAUGUCUUCAGGACGGUGACCUUUGAAGGACAAGCAGACAUGCUCAAUGUUUUGGGCCCCUAUAAUUGGCUCAUUUAAUUUCUUCUAUGUUCAAAUGUUUGACAGUCCAAUUUCACCACUGACAUCUUCGAAUUCUAUUUAGUUACUCCCGCUAGGUAUUGUAAAAUUAGAACCACAGAACAUAAGAUUUUGCGAAAUUUACUCUUAUACUAGCAAAUAUGCCUGUGCGUUGCAACGGGCAAAACCACGUGUAUAUAUUAGUACACUGUAAACUAAAUAGUAAAUCUAUUUUUUAAUAUUGCAUUUAUUAGUAUGCUGUAUUUA